UUUUAUCUCUGGCAGGAAACGUUGGCUAGAAAACCACUGUGGAGACUUGUGUCGACACAACUUACUCACACAUUCCUGAGUUGGUCGUGAUGGAGUCUGCUAUUGGUGUGUUGGUGACCCAGUUCAAGGCGUACGCUGGCAGUGAUGGUUCGUCUGACACACUGAGCCGAGACGAGUUCUGCAAACUGCUCAAAUCAGAGCUCUCUAACUUUGUUAAGGACGCUGCUGACCCUGCUGUUGUUGACCAACUUAUGAGUUCAUUGGACAAGAACAAUGAUGGGGAGCUAAAUUUCCUGGAGUUCUGGCACCUGAUUGGGCAUCUUGCGAGCAAGCAUGGAGGCUUCAGCCAAUAGCGCGUCCUCAGAUGAUCUCUUGCCGUUCCACGUGUGUUACUGACUUGUCUCUGUGCCAUUAAAAAAAAAAAAAAAAAAAAAGGAAAUCAGCCAAAUGGAAAACACCCUGAAGUCUGUUUUAGCUCCACAAAGCUCUGUUUUUAUCAGUGCUCCCUUUCUCGUCUUCUUUGAGCCUCAUUCUCUCACCAAUUGCUGCCAAGCUGGCACUCACUCUGUCACAGUACACUGCUGAACAAUUUCAGAUGUAUGAAAACCAGUCCAGGCUGUUGGCUAAAGCACACACACACACAUGCUUGUGCUCACAGAGGUUUUCGUAGACGGGGAAUGAGAAUGUGUGUGUGAAAGCAUUUUGUGCUCCUGGCCUCACUGUGUUUAUUGAGUCUCUACGGGACACAAACGGCAAAAUAAAUGAUAAUUAAUUGAAAAGUAAAAAAACCUAACUUAUUUGUGAUUCUUGCUUCUCGGGCUUUCAUUUGUUCUCUUUUUCAAGUUCCCUUCCUAGUAAACUUUGUCUCUCCAUUCUUGGCCCAAGUUAAUGAAGUUUCAGGGUGUGGCAUGAAUACAUCUGUCUUUUGGGAAAGCUCUGAACACUCCAGUUUCUACAUGUUGAGACAAAUGUGUAAAAAAACCAACAUUGAUUUAAAUGAAGUGUAAUGCAGACACACUUAUAAAGUGGAUUUAUUGUAGCACAGAAUAAAGAUUUCAUCUGCUUUAUUGUC